AUGCGUGCCACCAUCGCUCUCAGCAACGCCUUCCGCACCCCCCUUGAUCCGCUUCGCUCCGUGGACCACACUCCUCGCGUUCACCCUGCUUCCCCCGUGGGUGCCCUGCCUGAUUCUUUCGCUACCUACCGCGCAAAGGCCCAGCAGCACGGUCCUCUCGGUCGCGCUCAGUUCACCGGUGGCAUUGGUGGCUCAGCCGGUGCCUCUCUCGGUCCCGUCCGUCCCAGUGCUGGCGAGUUCUUCGACCGCGCUGAGCUCCCCACUCGCUUCGGUCGUCUGCCCUGGAGCCAAGCUGAGAUUGAGGCUGUCGAGACCGGUGGCGCGAGCAUGUACGCGUAA